AUGAGCCACCAGCAACGCGAAACUGAUCGUCUGCGUGACUCCUUGGCUCGGAUGACGCGAGAAAAUGCUGAGGUGGUGCGAGAAAAGGGUGAUCUGCAGGCGCAGGUUGUCACCACGGAACGCUCUCUGCGCCAACAGGCCGACUAUAUUGCUGCGCUGGGUCAGGAUAAAACCCAGAUCGAACGUGAGCUGCAGGAGUGUCGCCAGGAGCUCAGUGCCCACCGACAGCGACAGGAGACCCUGGACUACGAGUUGACCGAGAAGGAGAGAAAGUUAAAGGCAUUUACCAGUGAGUGCUGGACGUUAUUUGCUGAGAAUAAUGGUUGUUUUAUUUGA